AUAUUUAAUUUAGUACGCUAUACAUAUGCAUUCAUAAUGUUGUCAAAAUAAAAAAAAUUGUGUUAUAAAUUGUGACAAACACAUGCUUUUGCAUGUUGGUGGAAAAAUUAUUAUUUUUUUUAACUAUUUACAGAAUAAUGUAUGUACUCCCAAAAACGAUGUUCCUCACUCAGUGAUCGAUAAUGAAAAUUCUACUGAUCUAAGGUCUCAGCAAGAUGAAAAUGGAAAUCAUAUUCCUCAAUCAGUGCUCGAUUCAAAUGACAAUUCCAUCGAUCUAAAAAAUGAACAUGAUGAAAAGACAACAACUAAUGUCAACAGCGAAAGCUACAGAAAGCCUGCGCAGGAAAAGGCAAAGGCAAAUAUUGUAUCCCUAACUCAGAGAGCAGCAGUCCUAGCGCAGGCAAAUAAUUCAACAAUGUCUAACGAAAUCCAAAAGGAGCUUGAUAAAACUAGGCAAGAAAUUGAGAAGGAAAGAAAAAGACUCAAGCGCAAGCAACAAAUUGCAGAAGCUCAAAAGAAGCUCAGAAUAAACAACAAAAAUUGAGUUGCCUAUUUGAGGAAAUUCCUGAUGCUAAAAGUUUUUGUAGCCAACGAUCUACAGUCGGCAGAACCCCGAUUGAAGACGGUCAACCGCUUCUCCAUAAAACUAUUUUGGAGAUAGCCAUGUUUGGAAGUGGAGCUGAUGAAAGGAGGCGCACCAACCCUGCCAGAAGUGUAAAAACCUUGUCUGAUCUCCAUGAAGAGCUCAAAAAAGAAGGGUUUAACUUGUCGA